CAAAGCCCAGGGAGCAGCCGCGAGAAGCGCUGAUUGGCUCCGGGCGGAGCAGGAGGCACGAACAAUGCUGUCCUCCCCCCUUAAAAAGCGGGCGGCGAGGCUGGGCGACUGGGGGGGCAACACCACAAGGAGCAGGAGGCGGCGGUGCGCUGGUGGGGGUGCCCGGGGAGCCGCACAGGACGAGCGCGCCAAGUAAGGCCGAGGCUCCCUCUCUCCCUGACUGAGCCAAAGCCAGCCGCGUUGGCGGAGGGAGGACGGACUGACGGGAGGAGAAGCGCUUGAUGGUGGUGCCGCCGCCGCCGCUCCGAGGCUGAGGCAGGCAGGCGCCUUGGCACCUCCAGGAGCCGCCCGAGGAUGCCCCGGGGCUUCCUGGUGAAGAGGAGCCGCAGACCCACGCCCAUCUCUUACAGGACGCGCUGCUGCUGCCCGGCGGCGGCGGAGGGAGGCGACCCAGUGCAGCUUUUGGUGCCCCCGCCGAUCCCUCCUCAGUUACCCAGCUCGGGCUUUGCCUCGGAAUCCCCGGAGGUGGUGCCUCUUCCUGUGCCGGCGGUGCCGCUGUUCGGAACCCCCGACGGCCCCUCUGGUCCGGCGACCCUGCACAGCCCUGCGCGGGCUAUCAGCGAGGAGCGCAGCCUGCACCUGGGCUCGCCUGUUUCGGCCGAGUCCUUUCCGGCGCCGGAGCCUCUGUUCUUGGGCUCUGGGGGAGAGCUCAAGCUCUGGGCGGUCGCAGCUGCAGCUGCUGCCGCCGCCACCGGCCCGCCGCCUCCGCCUCCUCCUCCUCCUCCUCCUCCUCCAGCUCCCCAUCGCAGCCAUGGGCCGAGCCAGAGCGCAUCCAAGCGCCCUCAGGGCCGGAAGGCCAAGGCGGCCCGCAAAUUGCACUUCGAGGAUGAGGUGACGACGUCGCCUGUGCUGGGGCUGCGCAUCAAAGAGGGCCCACCGGAGCCUGCCUUGACGCCUCCGCAGCAGCAGCAGCAGCAGCAGGCGGGCACUGCUGCAGGUUGCCGGACGGGAAGCGCCCAGCCGCUGGGUGAAUUUAUCUGUCAGCUGUGCAAGGAGCGCUACCCGGACCCGCUGGCACUGGCGCAGCACAAGUGCUCCCGCAUCGUGCGCGUAGAGUACCGCUGCCCAGAGUGCGACAAGCUCUUCAGCUGCCCGGCGAACCUGGCGUCGCACCGCCGCUGGCACAAGCCCCGACCCCCCAGCGCCCCGGCCGCCAAGGCCAAGCCCGCCCCGGACGAGCCUACCAAGGGAGGGGGCAGCGGCAGUGAGAGGGACACGCCGAGUCCCGGGAGCGGCGGUGGCAGCAGCAGCAGCAGCGGAGGAGAGCCAGAGGCCGGCGCCGAGGAAUUUUCCUGCCCGCGUUGCGCCAAGCGCUUCCGCCGUCAAAGCGCCCUGCGCAAGCACCUGCCGGUCCACCACGAGCCGAUCGAAGGGCUGCCCCAGCCCCGGCAGCAUCCCGAGCCCUGCUCCGAAGAGGCGGCGGCGGCAGCAGGCCACAGCCCGCUGAGUUUGCCCGGAGAGUGCCAUCCGUGCCCCGUGUGUGGCGAGACCUUCUCCAGCAAGAGCGGCCAGGAGCGCCAUCUCCGCCUGCUCCACGCCGCCCAGGCCUUUCCCUGCAAGUACUGCCCGGCCACCUUCUACAGCUCGCCGGGCCUGACCCGGCACAUCAACAAGUGCCACCCGUCGGAGAACCGGCAGGUCAUCUUGCUCCAGGUGCCCGUGCGCCCAGCCUGCUAGAGGGAGCCCAGCUGUGCCUUCGCCUGCAGCACCAUCGUCGCCCGCCCCCCGAUAUGCGGGACGGAGGGGAACCACAGGACUUCGCAGCCAGCCUGCCCCCCCAAUCCGGAGUCAGCUCGCAACCACCGACCCUCUGCAACCAUCGCUGCUGUUGCCGUCGUCCCGUAGGACUCUCUUCCUUGUUGCUCCUGUACAUCCAUCAGAUGGUGUUUAAGGCCUCUCCCUCCCUCUUUUCUUAUGCUCCCCUGAAGGCGCAGACUCUGGAGCUGUCCCCCUCACACACACACUACUGCACUCAAGGGGGCUACUCCAGACUCCAGAGUCUCGGGGUUGGUUUAAAGAUUCCCUUUCUUUCUCUCUGUCUCUCCCCCCCCCCAAGUCAAUCUUGAGGAAUUAUGAUGGAUGCCUUUACAUUUCACAGGCUAUGAACUGAACCUUUACCCACUUGAUUAGCUUUAUUAUGGCUUGUGAACCGCUGGGAUCUGGCUUUACCUUUUUGGUGUUUUUUAAGUUUUAUUUUGUAUGUGAACAAAAUCAAUCUGCUUAAAGAUAUAACUUUGGUUAGUAUAGCCACAAAUGCCUUGACUUUAUUGUUGUUUGUCUCCAGAAAAAAAUGUUGUAGAAGCUGCCUUAAUACUAUGACAUGCCAACCUUUUUGUGUUUGUUCCUUUUCGAAGUAGAACCAUAUGUUGACGCUUAUGUGUAUAUGUUGGUUUAUGCGUAAUUGUUAUUUAUUGGUUAUUUAUUAUUAAUUAUGGUGUUUAUAUCAUUUUUGAUGUGCUUUGCUUCUCUACUCUCCCCCUUCAACGCCCUUCCUCCUGCCAUUUCACUGUGCAUCUUUUUUUUUAAAAAGGGAUCUGUUGAAAAGGGUUUAACUUUUAUACCUAUAAUAAACAUACAAUUCUUAACCCUUUUCUUCUUGUUUCGAGGGCUCUCAGAUAGCUCAGCUUACUUUUAGAUGCAAUCUCUUUUCUACACACAUUAUUUUCUUAACUGUUAGCUAUUUAUAGAAUGCUUCAAUAGAACUGUUUUA